CCGUCAAGCUCGUUCUCCAGCCGGGGGGGGACUUUUAUCGCCGACGGACCAGGAACUGUCGUGAGGGUACCUCGCUAAGUUCAGAACUUGCGUUCCUCAGUGUUUACGGGUCAGUGUUUGACGCCACUUUGUAUCCGUUCGAGAGAAGUCUUGGGCUGUUCUGUUCCGAUUUAACGACGCGGUCGGAAAGAUUUACCGUAUACAUUAAAAAAAAAAAAAAAGUGAAACAUCGACAACAUGUUAAGAGCUUCGGCACAGGUGUUUCGGCAGCUGGUGAGAAACAGCACCACAGACUCCAACCUCAUCCUGGAGAGAUCGAUCAACAAAGUCCAGCUGCUGGGCCGAGUGGGCCAGGAGCCCGUCAUGAGACAAGUGGAGGGCCGCAACCCCGUCACCAUCUUCUCCUUGGCCACCAACGAAAUGUGGCGCUCCGGGGAGGGCGAGGCCAACCCGUCGGGUGACAUCAGCCAAAAGACAACAUGGCACCGCGUGUCUGUCUUCAAACCCGGUUUGAGGGACGUUGCCUACCAGUACAUCAAGAAAGGGGCCAGGAUUCUUGUCGAGGGCAAACUGGAUUACGGCGAGUACGUGGACAAGAACCAAGUGAGACGGCAGGCCACCACCAUCAUCGCAGACAACAUCAUCUUCCUGAGCGACAAUGUUCGUGACAGAACCUGAAGGCCUCCCGUCCCAACGCAAUUUCCCCCCUUUUUCUACUUUCCUGAGUUGAUCCCAAAAAAGGAUGCGGACAGUUUUCAUGUAACAUAAUAUGAAGCGUCGCAAAAAUGCUUGUUGGAUUAUGGUGAGGAAAGUCGUCCAGUCGAUUCUCCAAGAGACUCAUGCAGCUCCUGUAUUGUUUUUUUUUUUUUUUUUUCUGAUGUAGUUGUGUGUAAAAUAUCACGAGGAUGACCCCCCCCCCCACCAAGUUAAAGGAUAAAGUAUAAUGUCAAAUCAUCCAUUUAUUUUUGUUACAAAGUGGUCUGUUGCAGGUACAUUGGAGGCACACAUUUGCAUAAUUUCAUUUCUUAGUCAUUUGCAAGUGUUCACUUUCCGGUGUGCAGUUGUGUGUUUUGCAUUUGCUGUCUUCUGGUUCCACUGUUUGCUUUGAAAGACAUUUCUUACAACGUCAACAUCAUUUGCGUUUAUGGCCAACAGAAAGUGUCUCCCACGUUCACUGACAACUCAAGUAGACAAGCGCAAAACAAAGAAUUAAACCUUGACUCCAUC